AAUGUCACCAAGCAAUCGUUACAAUCGAAUCAAAGGAAAACUGAAUAUACCAAAGAAUUUCUCAAAUAAACCAUGAGUGAGGAACUGAGAUCGUGUGAGGCACCUCUUUUGUCGUCACCUGCUUCCCAUUCAGCGUAUGGCUCAAGUGACAGGCAGGUUCAGAGUCGAAACGAAGAACGUGGUCAACAACAUGAUGAUAGUAAUAUCGGUCCUCUACGUGGUAUUUUUCUAGAUCACACCUUCAGUGCUGCUAUGAUGCAUUCCGUUGGUAGCCUUGGACGAGAUGAAUACGUAGACGAUAGAGGAGUCAUCCAUUUAGUUUCUAUUCGAAAACGCCGUCGUAAAACAGUGGCCAGUGGUGCACCUGCUUUAUCUAAUGAAACAACCACUUCAUCUUACGGUAAUCUCAAAAAUUUAUUUCAUCGGGAAACACCCAAGCAGCAGGAUAUUGAUGACAAACGAACUUUGAUUGCGAAGUGUCAAGGAGACGAAGAUGAUGAAGAAUUGGAGGUACAAGAUCAAGUCGAAGGUGGAUCCAUCACUGCAGCAAUCUUUGGAAUUGUCAAAGGCACCGUGGGACCCGCAAUUUUAUAUCUCCCAAAGGGGUUCCAGCAGGCUGGCUGGGCUUGCGCACUACCUGCACUCGUACUAUCAACCUUUGCCUACGUAUACAGCGCACACAGACUUUUGCAGUGUUGGAAGGUCGAGGAAGUCCGGCAACAAUUUCUKGCUCAGCGCAUGGGAGAAAUCCAAAAGAUACUCGAACGCCAUAAUAGCAUCGACUACAAAGAUCCAAAUGAUCACAAAAUGAGGGGGGAAAGAGCUGGAUCAAAACAUUCCGUAUCACAUCUACAAGCGAGCCCUUCGGAAGACGACCGUCGAGCUGAAGCUUUGACCGCAUUUAAACCAAAGCUAUUGACUUAUCCCGAGUUAGCACGACGUGCAUUUGGCCCGUUUGCUUUUCUCAUUGAAUUCGGCAUCGCAGCCAUGCAGUUUGGUGUUUGUUUAACGUACUUGAUUUUCGUCCCAGCCAACCUCUACGCAAGCUGCCAGGCGUUGUUUGGAGUUGCAAUACCCAAGUCAUACUUUUUGGUCGGAAUGCUAUGCAUUGAGAUUCCUUGUACCUUCAUUCGAGACAUCCGACGGCUGACGCCUUUUAAUGUUUUCGCAACAAUUUUGAUAGUAUAUGGAUUGGGUUCCUGCCUCCUGAUUUCCUUUAUAUAUUCUUUUACACAGAAGGAAGAACCGUUGUUCGAAUCCGUCAUAUCUUUGCCCGCUAUUCAACCAGCGUGGUUCAUUUUCAUUGGAACAGCAUUUUUCGUUUUUGAAGGAAGUAUAACACUGGUAGUUCCGCUCCAAGAAGCAGUCUAUAAGAAAGAUGAUCGCGAACGAUUUCCGAUGGUCAACCAGAAUGUGACGAUAUCCAUUGUUUUGUUUUACAUGUUCUUUGCGUUGGUGGUUUGGGCGACCUUUGAGGAUCAGGUGCAGACCGCUUUAACGGCAUCUCUUCCUCCUGGACAUUUUUCGACAUCUGUGCAAUUUGCAUACUCAAUUGCCGUUGUAUUGACGUAUCCAUUACAAGCUUUUCCAGCGUUAGAAGUGGUGCUGAGGAAGCAUGGGGCAACUGCCAGUACGGGCAUAUGGAAUAGGCGCAACUUCUAUGCCGGUCUCUUGAAUGUUGGACUGGGAAUCAUUGCCAUCAUUGCGAUUGACUAUCUCGGAAAUGUUGUGAGCCUACUCGGUAGUCUUGUUGGCAUGCCGAUUGCAUUGGUGUAUCCUCCAAUGAUGCAUAAUUUUCUUGUAAAAGAUUCUUCUGCUACUGAGAGAUGCUUGAAUCACCUUGUAUCGAUUAUUGGUCUGAUUGCUACAGUGGCAGCAUCGUAUGCGACAAUUUCCAACUGGAAUGAAGGUGGAGAUUGACGGACGACAGGCUGAAACCAAGUGAGCUUGAUCGUUACUAUGAAUUCAGUAUUCACGCGUUUUUUUUUCUCAGCGACAGUAUGGAAUUGAGGGUAUUCAAUGGAGGCCUUUACAGAUCGUAUCAUCUUCGUUCCUUUCGCGAACGUAGAAGAGAAGAAAUAAGUUGAAAAGGAGCUUCUUAUGAUUUCCCAAUUUGACGUUGGAUGUUAAAGGAGUUUCUCAUGAUUUCCCAAUUUGACGUUGGAUGUUAAAGGAGUUUCUCAUGAUUUCCCAAUUUGACGUUGGAUGUUCACACUAAUGAUUCUUUGGAAUGGUUCACCACAAGAGUAAUUCAAAAGUCCAGCAAACUCCACUUUUUCUUUAGUUCCUUCACUUGGCUAUGCAACGAUUGGAUUCGGUACAUCAUUCAUUGAAAGAAUCAGCAAUAUUUUGGCGGUGUGUUAACUGCAAGUUUUGAUAUCAUUGACUUGCAUACCUUUAGAUGAAGAACCGCAAAUGAAAGAAACGACAAAAAUCAUCCCGGCAGCAAAUGCGCAGUCUUCCUCGAUGAACAUUACACAGAGCAACUACUAUGGAUUUUGUCAUCUCCAAGUGCGACCCACAUCGACCAAUCACUUCCAAGAAAUACGGACGAGCUGUUUUAAUUUAUUUUUAAAAAAGAUGUUGAUCAUAC